GUGUUGACACCGGCCGUCCAGGCAGAUCCCCACAGAGCAGCCUCGACUGCCGUGUUCUCUGAUCCCGCUGCUCUCCCUCUCGCGUCUCCGACGCCGAAGUCUUUCUAAUCACUUCCCCGGGAGCAACGUUCCUCCGUGGCCGCUGGAAGCCGCCGAAUCAAGUCCAGGAUGCAGCUCUAAUAAAAGAAAUCCUGCAGGACUGGAAGGAAACAAACAGGAAACAACAAUCAGCACGGAAGCCUGGUGGAGGGGAGAAGACACCCAUCGGCCCAUCAAAACACAGACUUCUCAGCAUGCUAGCCAUGCUGUAGCACAGAAAGGAAAGGCGUGGAGAUCUCUGGAGAAACACCAGCUGCCUUUUAUUAAACACUCCAAAGUCCCAAACCCACACAUCCUCCUCUCAUCCGUCACUCACCAUCCCUGCAAAGAUGCCGAUGCCAAGGUUGAUGCUGUGGCACUUGUGGUGACGGGGCACAGAGCGUGUGUGCACACAUCCGGCAGGCAGGCCGGCGGGUCGCUGGGUGUACAGGCACACCAAGAGGCUAUUUCGGGGUGGCCGUGGUAAAAACCAUGCGGCCCUGGGCAGGUUCAUGGCGCUGGAUUACCCUGGUGCUGUUGGCCUGGGGCACACUCCUCUUCUACAUCGGUGGUCACUUGGUGAGGGACAGCGAGCACCCGGAGCGGUCCAGCCGGGAGCUCUCCAAGAUCCUGGCAAAGCUAGAACGGCUCAAGCAGCAGAAUGAAGACCUGCGGCGCAUGGCCGAAUCGCUCAGGAUACCGGAGGGUCAGGCAGAAGCAGGUUCCCUGGCCGUUGGAAGACUGCGUUCCUUGGAGGACCAGCUAACCAGAGCCAAACAGAAGAUCCACAGCUUCCAGAAACUCACUGGAGACGGCCCCGGCCCCACUCAGGAGGAGCUGCGGAGAAGGGUGGAGAAUGGCGUUAAGGAGUUCUGGUACUUUGUUCGCAGCGAGGUGAAGAAAUUGGCCAGCGUCGAGGCCGGAGAGAGACAAAAGUAUGCGGACACACUUCUACAAGACCUGGGACAUCAGGAGAGGUCCAUCAUGACAGACUUGUACUACCUCAGCCAGGCGGACGGCGUGGGCGAGUGGAGAGUGAAGGAGGCUAAGGACCUGUCGGACCUGGUCCAGAACAGAAUCACCUACCUACAGGUAACUACACAUGCACCUGCUGAUGAGCCAGCUGGCCUCGUGUUCCGCCUCGCACACACAUACAUCGCCACAUGCUGGCACAGUUGGCUGUAUGUGUACAGAGGUCUGGCUCCACACUGGGGGCCGUCAUUCGUAUUCAGCCCCGCGUGUCCUUCUGUCCAGGGCCUCUGCCAGGCAGGACACUCAGCCCGAGGGGACCGAAUCCAGACCACAAUUAGCCCCACCUCAGCCCUGCCCACUCCAACACCGCCAGUGUUUCAUUCAGUUCUUGCUCUUUUUUGUGUGGCAAUUGUAGGAGAAGCCCACGAUAAGGACGUGCAGGUCGUGGAGUUGCCGAUCGUGGACAGCCUCCACCCUCGGCCUCCGUACCUGCCGCUAGCCAUCCCCGAGGACCUGGCCCCGCGUCUGCAGCGUCUCCACGGCGACCCGUCCGUUUGGUGGGUGUCCCAGUUUGUCAAGUACCUGGUGCGUCCUCAGGGUUGGCUGGAGAAGGAGAUCCAGCAAACCACUGCCAAGCUGGGCUUCAAACAUCCCAUCAUCGGGGUCCACGUGAGGAGGACAGACAAGGUGGGGACAGAGGCGGCGUUCCAUCCAAUCGAGGAGUACAUGCUGCACGUGGAGGAGCAGUUUCAGCACCUGGCCCGACGCGUCCACAUCGACAAGAAACGAGUUUACCUGGCGACCGACGACCCAUCCCUGCUGCAGGAAGCCAAGACGAAGUAUCCAGACUACGAGUUCAUCAGCGAUAACUCCAUCUCGUGGUCGGCCGGUCUUCACAACCGCUACACCGAGAACUCGCUGAGAGGAGUCAUCCUGGACAUCCACUUCCUGUCGCAGACCGACUUCCUGGUGUGCACUUUCUCCUCACAGGUCUGCCGCGUCGCCUAUGAGAUCAUGCAGACGCUGCAUCCGGACGCCUCCUCCUUCUUCUACUCCCUGGACGACAUCUACUACUUCGGCGGCCAGAACGCCCACAACCAGAUCGCCGUCUAUCCGCACCAGCCGCGCAACAACGAGGACAUCCCCCUGGAGCCCGGCGACGUGAUCGGCGUGGCCGGCAACCACUGGGACGGAUACUCCAAAGGCAUCAACCGCAAACUGGGGCGCACCGGCCUCUACCCGUCCUACAAGGUGAAGGAGAAAAUCGAGACCGUCAAGUACCCGAUGUAUCCCGAGGCCGACAAGCUGCUCAACUCUCAAAAGAAGUAAAACAAAAAAAAAGAGAGAAAAAAAAAUAGUAGAAGAAGAAGAUAAAAAAAUAUAGAGCAAGAGAAGGAGCGAGGAGGAAUACGCAGACUCCGUUUCCAGGGAAGGAGGCUGCUUUUGUACA